GCCUAUUCCCUGAUCGUACUUUUCAUAUCUUUUUCUAAUCCCUCGAUCCUAUCUUCAAUUACCAUUCCUGUUCUUCAUGGUCGCUGCGCUUCAUACGCGACCUAAGGCGUUGUCAGCUCGGCGUCACGCCGCCUGUCGGUGGUUCGUGGGGAAAUCUCGAGUAGAUUGAUGUCCCAGCAACCGGGUAGGACCGAUAGACCGGAUCAGGCGAGCCGGAAAGGGAGAGGCGGCGGGACGAGCGGUCCUCGCCAGCAGGGGGGUCCGUCCGGAGGAAAGGGGCCCAGCCCCGUAGGUAGCGGUCAGAGCUCAGCUGCCGGCUCAGCUGCCGGUCCGACAGCCGGACGCGGUCAACCGCAAGGAGUCGGACGAGGUUUCCGUCGAACCCCGAAUGGCCCCGCUACAGUCACACCUAGCGCCGGCGGAGGCGGCAUCGGUCGGGGAAGCGGGCAGGGGGUGGCGGGAGUGGCAGGCGCAGUGGGAGUAGGCGGCGCUGCCGGCGGGCCGGGCGGAGGACCCGGCGGGUAUCGCGGAGCAGCAGGACCCCAGUCCCAGCAGCGGUAUGGAUCAGCGCCAGUCGCGGGCAACGGCCCCACACCAGCAGCAGCGCCCGCGCCUUCCGCCUGGGGCGCGGGGCCUGCACGCGCAGGCCCGCUUUCCCACUCCGCCAGCGCCCCUCACGCCCCCGCCACUUCCGCCACCCAGCAGCAGCAGCGGCAGCAGCAGCCAGCGGUGAAUGUAUCGUCUGGCCCGGGGAUCCCAGGGUUCGAAUCCGCGCCUCCCCCUGCGGAUUCCGCCUUCCCCGGUCUCUCCCGUUCCACGUCAGCAGGCGGAGCAGCAGUUCGGCCUGGGGCUCCGGGCGGAGCUGGGGGGGGUGUAGGCGCGCCUGCGCCAGUAGCAGGGGCAGCGGGCGCACCUGGCGCAGGCCCCCCCGCUGCGCCUGCGCCGAGAAUAUCGUUUGCGGCUGCAGCUUCUGGGGGGAUGUCAUACGCGCAAAGAGCCGCACAGGCGUUGAAUCGCGCGGCUGCACCACCUUCCCAGGCGCAACAGGCGCAGGCGCAGGCGCAGGCGCAACAGGCGCGGGUGGGCGGAAGCGGGGCGCAGCAAGCGGCAGGUCAAGCAGGGGAAGCCGCGCCACAGGGGAGGGCGGACGGUAGAAGCACCGCCCCUGCAACAACCAUUGUGUCGACUGCAAUCCCUACAGUUACAACAACUGCCGCCAAGCUUGCAGCUCCUCCCGCCACAACUGCGUCAGCUCCUGCUGCUGCGGCUGCGGCGGCGGCGGCCGUUGCAGCAGCAACUGCUGCUGUGUCUGCGCCGGGCGUUUCUGCCCCUUCUCAGUCCUUCGCAGCGGCGGCUGCUGCUGGUGCCGCGGCUGCUUCCUCCAAGGUACCUACUACAGUAACUACCAAGCCAGUCCAGGCCUCCGCGCCUGUUCCCCAAACCUCCACUGCAGGCUCGGCAGCAGCACCGGCUGGGUCCCUUACAGGGUUCUUGUCAGCUGCACGCGCGGGGCUAGGGGAGGGCGCAGGCACAGGCGCAGCUGGUGGCGCGGGGCAGGAGGGGGCUCAGGGGGCAGCGAGUGGGGCGAAGGGUGGGGCUAAGGGUGGGGCGAAGCCACCAGUUAAAGCCCCUGGUCCUGCUGCGGCUGUAGCAGGGCCUCCUGGGGCUGUAGCGGGGCCGCCUGCUCUUCCCCCCGGCGUGUCUCCUGUGGCUCUCCAGUUCGGCACGUUUAACCCUAGCUUCAUGGGCGCUAGCGGCCCUGUCAUUGUUCCCCCGCGCACCACGUCUGCACCGCCUAGUUUGGACGAGCAGAAGAAGGAGCAGGCGCGGCACGAGGCCAUGCUACGCCAGCAGCAAGCGGCUAAGUCUGGCGAAGCAGGAGCAGCAGCAGCCGCGGGGCCUAGAGGCCCUAUAAGCGGCAGCAUUCCAGAAGAAUCUCAGCAGGUUUUGCCUGCUCCCGCCCCUGCUGCCGCCACCAGUAGCGGUAGCAUCACUGCUCCAGUUGCCGCAGGGGCAGGAGCAGUGGCAGCAGCAGCAGCAGCAGCAGCAGCAGCAGGGGUAGUAGGGGCAGCGGGAGGGGCACCAGUAGGGGUACCGGCGGGUGCAGGGGCUGCAGCGGCUGUGGGGCGGAUUGGCGGAGGGGCGGCAGGGGGAGGAGGGGGGGCGGGGAGGGGGAUGGGAAGAGGGGGGCAGCAGGCGCAGGGUGGGCCUAGAGCGGGUGCGGGGAUCUUGUCGUCUGCUGGGAUCAGCGCAUGGGGCGCAGGCGCAGCUGGUACAGGUGGUGUAGGUGCAGCUGGGGCAGGCGCAUCUGGCGUAGGUGGAGCUGUAGCAGUGGGAAGUGAAGGUCAGGUGGCCAAGGGGGAGGCUGGAGUAGCGACGGCAUGGCAGCAGCAAAAGCAGCAGCAAGAACAGCAGCAGCAAAGACAACAGCAACAGCAACAGCAGCAGAGGCAGCAACAGCAACAGCAACAGCAACAGCAGCAGAGGCAGCACCAGUUUCAGCUUCAGCAGCAGCAGCAGCAGCAACAGCAACAGCAACAGCAACAACAACAGCAACAGCAACAGCAGCAGCAGGCCCGCACGCAUGGUUUCCAACCAUCUCCCUUCCAACAACAGCAGCAGCUGCACCAGCAGCAGCAGCAGCAGCUGCACCAACAGCACCAGGCACAUCAGCACGCACCAAUUCAACCCUCCCUGCAGCAACAACAGCAACAGCAACAUCAACAGCAGCAGCAACAACAGCAACAACAGCAGCAGCAGCAGCAGCAGCAGCACAGGCCCCAGCAACCUCCACAGCCCUCCCCUCCUCCCCCGCUCGUUCAACCGCCCUUGCAACCCCUCCCCGCGGCCCACAUACGCCCACCCCUGAUGAUGCCUGGCGGGCCCCAGGCUCACCUACAGGCCCAGCUACAGGGCCAGCUACAGCCGGGCCCACUACAAGGUCAGCUACCGAAUCCGCUACAGCAAGGCCCGUUACAAGGUCAGUUACCGAACCCGCUACAGCAAGGCCCGUUACAAGGUCAGCUACAGGGGCCGCUACAGCAGCUGCCGCCCCACCUGCAGCACGCUGCCAUGGCGCUACAGCAGCACGGCCAUGGAAUUCCGCCGCACUUGCAGCAUCCGGGACUGCACCAAGCGGGGCUGUCGCCUCAGCCGGGUAUGGGGGUGGGUCAGCAGCAACAGCAGCAGCAGCAGCAGGCGCAGCAGCAGCACCAACACCAGCUGCAGCUGCAGCAGCAACAGCAACAGCACCAGUUGCAGUCGCAGCAGCAGCAGCAGCAGCAUAUGCAGCAGCAGCAGCAGCUGCAGCAGCAGCAAGUUCAGGGACCCCAGCCUUCCCCUCCCCCGCCCCAGCAGCAACUCCAACAGCAGCAGCAUCAGCAACAACAGCAACAGCAACAGCAGCAGCAGCAGAUGCCACACCAGCAGCCUUCACAUUUGCUGCAGCACCAGCCCCAGCAGCACAUAGUUGUGGCUUACCAGCAGCACGGCCCCUCAGGAAUGACAGUCCAGUACGGUACUGUACCCGCAGGCACUCAAUUCGCGGGCAUGCAAAACCCUAAAUCCUCUACCCUGCUGCAACCCAGGGCAAGCCGGGCACUUAAAAUCAUGGACCCCACGACCCAGAAGGAGGUGAAGGUGGAAAAAGUGGCCGCGGCGAAAGGCAAGCCUGGAGCAGUGGGAGCAGCGGGAGCAGCGGGAGCAGGGGCGGCAGGAGGUGGGGCGAAGGGGGGAGCAGGAGCAGGGGCAGGCGCAGCAGGAGGGGCAGGGGAGGGCACGGGUGCAGGGGCGGCAAUUGGUGGGGGAACAACACCCUCAACUGGUUCCCCCGCUCCUCAUGGGUUUACCACCGCCCCUGCGGGGGGGUCAGGGUUUGACAUGCAGGGCCAGCCACCCACGCCAGGCUCCACCCCCACCACCCCCCAAGGCGGAUUGGUCUCCCCCUCUGCUGCUGGGGCGGCAGCAGCAGGAGUGGCCGGCAGGGGAAUGCCGAUAGGCGUGGCAGCAGCAGCAGCAGGCGUGCGACCCCCCAUGGGGUUUCCACAACCCGGCCACAUGCUCCCGUCUAUGUACUACCCGGGUGUUCCUGGCGUUGCAGGGGUGCCUGGUGUGCCGGGAGUGCCGGGUGCUUACCCGCAGCAGCGCUUCUUCCCUCCUCAACAGCCUGGGGCUAUGCCAGCAGGGGGAGGGAUGCCUGGCGGGGCGGGAGGGGGGAUGGGUGGGCCAGGGGCAGCGGGGCAGGCUAGGUUUAGCCCCUCUUACCCGCAGCCGGCAGGGCAUGGGCCAGGGGUUAGGCCCCAUAUGGGGCAUAUCUUGCCGCACCAGCAGAUGCCAGGGGGUGGGCCUGGUGGUAUGCAGGGGCUUCCUGGUGCAGGUAUGGUGCACUAUGCUACUGGCGCCAUUCCUGGCGCCGGGCCUGGAAGUUCAGGUUCGGGGGCGGGUGGUUCGGGCGCUGGGGGAACUGGUUCGGGGGCAGGGGAGGAAAUGACCAUGCCUGGGAUGGAUGGCAUGGUGAACAUGGCUGUGUCGUCACCGGUAGGCCCGGGAGCAGGUAUGGCGAUCCCGAACCUGCCGAUGAUGGCUCCGGUAGGCUCGGCAGGGCAACCCGUGGGAGGGUAUAUGAUGGGCGCGGGGACAGGAGGGACAGCAGCAGCAGGGCCUGGGGCGGGUAGGGGGAGUGGGGCAAGUGCGCAGAUCAUGGCUUCAAAUGUAAUUGUGGUGUCAUCCUCUGGCCAUGUUACUACCGGUAUGCCUUCGCCAGGUACGGGAAUUCGAGACAGGUCCGGGGCAGGUCCGGACGGACUGAGUAGGUCUGGGAGUGGUAAGAAGGGAGGGCCAGUGGUUCGGAGCCCGUCUGCUGCUGCUGGGGGGCAGCAGGGGACAGAGGAGAAGGGAGGGAAGGAGGGGGAGGAGUGUGUGGGGAAGACGGUUGAGGGAAAGAGCGAGGAAGGUAAGGAGGGAGAAGAGAAUAGGGAGAAGGAGAAGGAUGAAGCUGCGAAAGAGAGUGAAGGAGAGGGGGAGAAGCAGAGCGUGGAAGGUGCAGGGAAGAGUGCAGAGGGGAAGAGCAAAGACGAAGGCGGAGCGCAUGGCACAGGCGAAGCGGUUGCAGCAAAAACGGCUGAAGGGAAGGAAGUGAAGGAGGUGGGUGGUGGUGAUGUGAAGGCGGCCAGUGUGGGAGGUGUGGGAAUGGAGGGAGGGAAGGAGGUGGGAGGAGAGGGAACAGUGGUUGGGAAGGAUGAAAGCAAGACAGAGGCUAUGUCAAGCUCUUCAGCUGCUGCUCCUGUUGCUACUGCUGCUGUUGCUGCUGCCCCUGUUGCUGCUGCUAUUGCCUCUGUUGCUGCUGCCGCUGGUGCUGCUGUUGCUGUCGCUGUUACAGCCGCGGCAGUGGCUCCUAUGGUUGCAAAGCAAGUGGAGGCAGGGAGGGAGGGGGUGGAGGUAAACGGGGAGGCGGCUGCAGCGAAGGUUAGGGAAGGCGAAGAGAAGAAGGUAGAGGAGAAGGGGGAGAAGAAGGGAGGGAAGAAGAGAGAUGGGAAGGAGAAGGAAAAGAAGAAGAAAGGAGAGGGGAAGAAGGAAGGGAAGGAGAAGGAAGAGGAUAAGGGGGCCGGCAAGAGAGAUGAGGGAGAAGCAGCGAAGGAGGCUGAAAUUAGAACUGCUGAAGGGGCGAAGGAGCAGGUGAAGGAGGCUCAAGGGCCUGUUCCUUUGGCUACAGAUGCCACGGCUAAUGCUGCACCAACUCCUGAAGCUUCAGUUGCUACUGCUGCAGCUGCUGAGGCGGAAAGCAAGAAGGAGGUUAGGGUAACUUCGGGUGGUGAAGGCAGUGCUGCUGCUAAGGCUGAAGCCCCUAAGGCAGUUGAGCCGAAAGAGGGAGUGAAGGAGGAAGAGGUGAAGGGUGAAGUUGUUGAGGAGGGGAGAGAGGAGGAGAAGAGAGAAGAGGGAGGUAAGGGUGAGGUGAUGAAGGGUGAGGUGAUGAAGGGUGAGGUGCUGAAGGGUGAGGUGCUGAAGGGUGAGGUGCUGAAGGGUGAGGUGAUGAAGGGUGAGGUGAAGGAAGAGACGGAGGGGAAGGGAGAGACGGAUAAGCAGGGGAACGGGAAGAAGGUGGAGAAAGGGACGAAGGGGGCGGAGAGUGCAGAGGCUGUUUCUGCAGAGGCAGAAAAGAGUAAGGAGGUGAAAGAGGUUGGGAAGGAGGAGGGGAAAGCGGACGAGAAACAGGCAAGGGGUAAGGGCGAGAGUGGUGGGGAGAAGUCAACUAGUGCUGCUGCAACAGCUGCUGCUGCAGCUGCUGCAGCUGCCACCGCCGCUGCUGCUUCAGCCGUUGCUGCUGCUACAGCUGCCGCCGCCGGUGCUACAGCUGCCACUGCUCCUGCCAAGAAAAAGAAACUGAAGGACAUCUUGGCUGAAAAGGAUGCUGAGGUCCCUUCUGACCUCUAUAACGCGUACAAGACCCCCGCUGCUAAAGACAAGGAGAGUGAGGGGAAGAAGGGCGGGGGGCAGGCGCAGGAGCAAGCAGGGAGGGCUGAGGGAGAGCCUGCUGAGGGUGGAAAGAAGGACGAAGCUUCCAAGGCAUCAGAGAAGGAGGAGGAGAAGAAAGAGGAGGAAGUGGAUGAUUGGGAGGAGGCAGUGGAUACUGACGGUGGGAAGGGCCGUGUUGGGAAGGGUGGAGCAGCUCCAACCACCCCUGCUGCUGCUGCCGCCGCUGCAGCGGCCGCUGCUGCUGUUGCUGCUGCUGCAGCAGCAAUGGGAGCAGCAUCGACUAGUGGCUCAGGUAGAGGAGCAACACCCCCACCAGCAGCACCACCAGCAGCAGCAGCAGGAGGCGCAGCAGCGGCAGUGUCGACACAAAAGGCGCCAAAGAGUGGCGAGUCUACCAGCGAUACAGAGGGCUUGCUCAAGUACACCCGCGACUUCCUCCUCACUCUGCGAGACGCCCAACACGACCUCCCAGGAGACAUGGAUUUCCAGGGGUUCCUUAGAGAGGUCGGGAUGCAUGCUCUAAAACAGCCCGCGUAUCACAAAGCCCAGCAGAUGGCGAAUCAGGGGUUCGACCGCCCCAUGGACCAGGGAGGCGCACCCGGGGGAGGCUUUCCCCGGCCAGGAAUGGAGGAGGACCGGUGGGGUAGAGGCCCGGGUAUGGGCCCGAGAGGUCCGGGCGGAGGCAUGGACGGCGGGGUUCUGGGCAUGCCAGGUCCGGGGGGAGGUCCGGGGUUCAGAGGCCCGGGAGGAGGCCCGCCUAUGGGCAUGGGAGGUCCGGGCAUGCGGGGAGGAAUGGGCGGGCCAGGGGGGCCGUUGCUGGGUAGGGGGGAUCGGGGGGUGCUGCCGCACGGUGCGCCUGGUAUGGGGGGGCCUGGGGGGAUGCCGAUGGGUGGGCCACGGGGAGGAGUGGAUGCAGAUAGAUGGGCGAGAAACCCGCUUCAGAACCGGCCGGCUGCCCCUGCUGGUCCCCCGCUUCCCGCGAUUCAUAAGACCGAGAACAGGUACAAGGCUGGGCUGGUUUCAGACGAAGAGGAGAAGAAGCAGCGGCAGAUCAAGGGCAUCUUGAAUAAGCUGACGCCGCAGAAUUUUGAGAAGUUGUUUAAUCAGGUCAAGGAGGUGAAGAUCGAUUCCCCGGAGACUCUCACAGGGGUGAUUGCGCAGAUUUUUGACAAGGCUUUGCUGGAGCCGACGUUUUGCGAGCUGUAUGCUAAGUUUUGUCAGGAGUUGGCCGUGGAACUGCCUCAGUUUGGGGAGGGCGAUGAGAGGGUGACGUUUAAGCGCACGCUUUUAAAUAAGUGCCAGGAGGAGUUUGAGAGAGGGGAUCAGGAGCAGCUGGAUGCGGAGAAGGAGGAGGAGGAGGUGGAGGUGGAGGAGGAGGAAGGGGAGGGGAAGAAAGGGGAGGGGGAGGAAGGGGAGGAGGAGAAGGAAGGGAAGAAGGAAGGGGAGGAGGGAGAGAAGGAGGAGGGUAGUAAGGAAGGGAAGGAAGGGGAGAAGGAAGGAGAAAAGGAAGGAGAAAAGGAAGGGAAGAAGGGAGGGAAGGUGAUGGUUAAGAAGAUGGUGAAAUUGACAGAGGCGGAGAGGCAGAGCAGGAGGCAGAAGGCCAGGAGGCGAAUGCUGGGGAAUAUCCGCUUUAUAGGAGAGCUGUAUAAGAUGAGCAUGCUCACCGAGCGCAUCAUGCACGGGUGCAUUGUGAAGCUUCUCGGAAACACAGAGGACCCGGACGAGGAGGACAUCGAGGCUCUGUGCAAGCUGCUCACCACCAUCGGCGCCAUCAUCGACCACGAGAAGGCCAAGAGCCACAUCGACGCAUACAUGGCGCGGAUCGACAUCCUCUCUGCCUCCCCCAAGCUCUCCUCUCGCAUCCGCUUCGGUCUGAAAGACAUCAUUGAGUUGAGGGGCAACAGGUGGCAGGCUAGAAGGAAAGUGGAAGGGCCUAAGAAGAUUGACCAGGUGCAUCGGGACGCGAGGGACGAGCGGUCCAAUGCCGUCGCGACAGCUGGCAGGCAGAUCUUGGAGCGCGGGGGCGGGGGGAGCAGGGGGCCGGGGGGCAUGGGGGGGAGUGGGCGGCGGCCGGAUUACUCCAUGGAGCCGCCCGGGCGGCCGGGUAUGGCUGGGUCUGGGCCGAUGAGGGGAGGGCCGGGGCUGAUUGGGGGGCAAGGGGGGAUGGGGGGAGGGCCGGGGGGAGGGAUGUAUGGGCGGGGGCCGGGAUAUGGUCCCCCUGGGGGGAUGGGGGGACGGGGAGGAGGCCCUGGCGGGUUUGAGGGGAGGGGCGGGAUGGAUGAUAUGGGCCGGCCCAUGCCCUUGCCCCAGAGAAUCAUGGAUGAGGGGGAGCUGAAACUUGGGCCGCAAGGGGGGCUGGGGAGACCUGUGGGGGGAGGGCCAGGGGGAGGCAUGGGCGGGGGGAUGAGGGGGGGACCUGGGGGACCCAUGGGCGGACCCAUGGGGGGGCAUAUGGGGGGGCCGGGGCGUGGGGGACCAGAAGGUCCCCCUGGUGCCAUGCCUCCAGAGAUGCGCAGGUUCGGGCCGAGCCAGAGCGAGAGGUUCGGGCCGAGGGGCGGUGGGGAUAGGGAUAUGCCAAUGAGGCCAGGUCCGGGGCCGUAUGGGGAGAGAGGGGGGGAGAGAGAUGGGGGGAGGGGGAUUGGGGGACCGGGGGCUAGGAGUAUGAUCAUGGGGAGAGGAGGAGGGCCGGAGGGGAGGGGGUAUGGGGGGAGGGGGAUGGGGAUGGAGAGGGAGAGAGAGGUCGAUGCUUGGCGAAGAGGAACGAGAAUCGAAGAGGAAGGGCCACCAGGGGGGGGACGGGAUGGAGGAAGGGACGGAGGGAGAGAAGGAGGUAGGGAUGUGUGGAGAGAAACGGGGAGGGAUGGGGGGCGAGAAGGGGGCAGGGAAGGGGGAAGAGGCGAAGGCUUGGGAGCAGGUCCGAGGGCCAGCAUGGGUGGUGGAGGGGCGGAAGGAGCAGGCGGAGCAGGGGGAGCAGGAGGAGCAGGAGGAGCAGCAGGGGGAGGAGCAAAGGCAGAGGGGGGCAUGGAUGAGGAGAAGGCAGUGGCGAAGGCCAACAGCGCACUGGAGGAGUACCUCAGCGCGCGCGACUUCAAGGAGGUGUGUCUGUGUAUGGAGGAGCUGCACGCGCGCGACUUCAAGGAGGUGUGUCUGUGUAUGGAGGAGCUGCAGUCGCCGCAGCAGCACGGGGCGAUUCUGGCGAAGUGGGUGGCCACGGGGCUGGACAAGAAGGAGGCGCAGCGCAAGGUCGUGGAGGACCUGGUCGUGCGGCUCUGCUCCGAGCCCAAGCCUGCGUUGUUUACCUGGGCACAGAUUGAGCAAGGACUCGUGCGAGUCUUCCAGGACCUCGAGGAUUGGUCAGUCGACGCCCCCAAAGCCCCGCAGCACGUGGGCCGCCUGAUUGGCCGGCUCGUGGCAGCUGGCGCGAUCCCAUUGGCUGACGUGGCGCGGCUGGUGAAGGCGGGCGGCGCAGAGGAGGGGAGUCUUGUGGAGAUGGGGGAGGGGAUCAAAGUGAUGGUGGCGGUGGUGGAGGCGGUGAGGGAGGAGAAGGGGGAGAAGGAGGCGGGGGAGAUGGUGCGGGGGGCGGGGAUCGAGGGUCCGGAGGGGUUUAUGGACGAGCGGGCGAGGGGGAGGAAGGAGAAGGUGGAGGAGGCCAGGAAGGCGCUGGGGCUGGCAGGUGCUGCGGACCCGCUAGAAGCAGUGGCGGCGCACCUGACGGAGGGACUUGCCAAGGGCGAACCAGCAGAGGCGGUGCUCAAAUGGCUUCAGGCCAACACUCCUCCUGACGCCGUAUCAAGCCCAGCCUUCCCGCGUCUCCUCAUGCGCUCUCUGCUGCAACACGCCAUCGGCAGCAGCACAGCAGACUUCAAGAAGCUGCUGGAAGGGCCCGUGAAGAAGUAUGCCAAGGUGUUCCAACAAUACGCGUCAGGGAAGCAAAAGGCCAACCAGAUUCAGUAUCUCUUCGGAGCUCAGGAGUUUGCGGAGUCGCGUCGGCACCCACAGGGCCUGCUUGCUGCAGUCUUUAGAGCUCUCUAUGACCUCGAUGUAGUGGACGAGCCCAUGUUCUUCAAGUGGCAGGACGACAACAAGGACCCGACGCCGGGCAAGCAAAAGGCAUACUUGGACGUGCGCAAUUUCCUUAAUUGGCUAAGCACAGCACCGGAGGAGGGCAUGGAGGAAAAUGGAGCUAGUGGUGAAGAGGAUUCAUAAAGGCAAUUGGCCACGUCCCAUGGCUUUAGAGAGCCAUGGAUGGUUUCCUGUGAAGGCAAAUGCUUGCAUCUGGGCUUCCGUUGUCGAUGUGCCUAAAGCAGCCCCAAGGCUCUACUGGUCCAUGCCACUUCUGUUCUACUCACAUCGUUGUUUGUACCUAAUUUGGUCAACCUAUGCAUUCCUGCGAGUUUAGAGACGGUACAAGCGGACGGAGUACAGUUCUGAUUUAUAUUGCAUCGGAGAUGCCCAG